AUGCAGGGCCCCCAGUCACACAGAGCCCCCAGCCACACAGGGCCUCCAGUCAUGCAGGGGCCCCCCAGCCACACAGGGCCUCCAGUCAUGCAGGGCCCCAGCCACAGAGCCCCCCAGCCACACAGCCUCCAGUCAGCAGGCCCCCAGCCAUACAGAGCCCCCCAGUCAUACAGGGCCUCCAUCAUACAGGGGCCCCCAGCCAUACAGAGCCCUAACACAGGGCUCUCAGUCAUGCAGGGCCCCAGCCAUACAGAGCCCCCAGUCAUGCAGGGCCUCCAGUCACACAAGGCCCCAGCCAUACAGGGCCCCCAGCCAUACAGGGCCUCCAGUCAUGCAGGGCCCCCACACACAGGGCCUCCAGUCAUGCAGGCCCAGACACAGGCCCCCCAGUCACAGGGCCCCACACACAGGGCCCCAGCUCAUACAGGGCCCCCAGCCACACAGGGCCUCCAGUCAUGCAGGGCCCCCAGCCAUACAGAGCCCCCAGUCAUACCAGGGCCUCCAGUCACACAGGCCCCAGCCAUUCAGGGCCUCCAGUCAUGCAGGGGCCCCCAGCCAUACAGGGCCUCCAGUCAUGCAGGCCCCAGUCACACAGAGCCCCCAGCCACACACAGGGCCUCCAGUCAUGCAGGGCCCCAGCCAUACAGGGCCCAGUCAUGCAGGGCCCCCAGCCACACACAGACCCCCAGUCACAGGGCCUCCCAGUCAUACAGGGCCCCCAGCCACAGAGCCCCCAGUCAUACAGGGCCCAGCCACAGGCCUCCAGUCAUGCAGGGCCCCAGCCACAGGGGCCUCCAGUCAUGCAGGGGCCCCCAGCCACAGGGCCCCCAGUCACAGGGCCUCCAGUCAUACAGGCCUCCAGUCACAGGCCCCAGCCACACAGGCCUCCAGUCAUGCAGAGCCCCCAGCCACACAGGGCCUCCAGUCAUGCAGGGCCCCCAGCCACAGGGCCUCCAGUCAUGCAGGCCCCAGCCACACAGGGCCCCCCAGUCAUACAGGGCCUCCAGUCAUACAGAGGCCUCCAGUCAUACAGGGCCCCCAGCCACAGGGCCUCCAGUCAUGCAGGGCCCCCAGCCAUACAGUGCCCCCAUUCAUACAGAGCCCCAGCCAUACAGGGCCUCCAGUCAUGCAGGGCCCCAGCCACAGGGCCUCCAGUCAUGCAGGGCCCCCCAGCCACAGGGCCCCCAGUCACACAGGCUCCAGUCAUACAGGGCCCAGUCAUACAGGGCCCCCAGCCAACAGGCCCAGUCAUGCAGGGCCCCAGCCAUACAGAGCCCCCAGUCAUACAGGGCCUCCAGUCAUACAGGGCCCCCAGCCAUUCAGGGCCCUCCAGUCAUGCAGGGCCCCAGCCAUACAGGGCCCCAGUCAUGCAGGGCCCCCAGUCAUACAGAGUCCCCAGCCAUACAGGGCCUCCAGUCAUGCAGGGCCCCAGCCAUACAGGGCCUCCAGUCAUGCAGGGCCCCAGCCACAGAGCCCCAGUCAUAG